UAAUAUAUUGUCCUCCGAUUCUUUCGUUUCCAGUUUUAACAUACCAACAAAUUCAAUUUUUUUUUUUUUAAUAGUAAUCUAUCGCAAAUUGUUAGAUCUAUUUUAUAUCAGUUUGAAAUUGAGAUAUGCUAUUGAUUUGCCAUUCACUGUACGCAAUAUGUAUAUGUAAAUACACAUUUCUGUUGAGGUUAUGGAAAAUAAAGUAUAAUUUACAGACUAACGUACGAUAAAUAAUAAAUUUAAACACAUAAUAUUAAAUGUGUUGAUCUGUACAUCCAAAAGCAUGUCGUGGUUUACAAAUACAAUACGUACAACUAUUAGUGUUUGGGUACCACAAGUGAUGCCUGUUAGAUUUCGUUAUCACGCAGACAAAGUAGCAAGAGGCCCACUUGUGAGGCGUUUUGGCUAUAAUGAUCCUAUUGAUAUGAAAGGAUUAUUGCCCCGCAACAGUGAUAAAAAAUUAUUACCCAUGCCAAUAUAUAGACCAAAGGAUGCUUGGGCUGAGAAGAGAGCUUUGUUUGGCCAAAAUGAUUACAUAGAUAUUUUGGGUUCAGACAAGUUACAUCCAACUAAAAUCCUAUAUAAUGUACCAUCUUGGCUAAGAGGUGUAAGUGGAAAUGAAUAUCAGAUAUUACUAAGAAAACGUAAAAUGUUGAAGCAUGGUGUAUUCCCAAUUGCGAGACCAACGAAAUGGAAAGAAAUGCUAAAAAGAAUAAAAUAUUUGUAUAAAUACUUAAACAGGAAAACUAAAACUUUCAGCUCUCGCCAAUAAUGUAUAUGAAAGUGAAAAAAUAUAAUUGCAUAUUGUAGCAAGACAAA